CAGACCUCGGCCCGGGGGCCCAGUCGUGAGAGCCGCAUCUUCAUUGGCUGAGCGCCGUCGUCCUUUUGAAAUUCGAGCCCCGAUUGGUUAGAGCCGGGCGAGUCGCUCACGCGCACAAUGUGUACCCGCUUUUGUUAUUGUACCGAGCGCGAGGAGAGAGGCUUCGGGGCAGCGGGCAGGAUGCGCGGACGGAGACAGCGAGCCUGAUUGUCCCGUAUCGACGCCGGUAGGCUCUUAUUAGAAGCUGGAGGGGAAAGGGAAACGGAUUUCUACCUCUCCGUCCUUGUCCAGAAGCCCGUCUUUUGAGAUCGUCUAAUAAUCCGACAGAUGUCAGGAUGUCGGUGAAUCCUCCCAACAGUAAUGAUGCCUGCCUCAGUAUCGUGCACAGUCUCAUGUGCCACAGGCAGGGCGGCGAGAACGAGGGCUUUGCCAAGCGUGCUAUCGAAAGCUUGGUGAAGAAACUCAAGGAGAAGAAGGACGAGCUGGACUCUCUCAUCACCGCCAUCACCACCAAUGGAGUGCACCCUAGCAAAUGCGUGACCAUCCAGAGGACACUGGACGGGCGCCUACAGGUUGCGGGUCGUAAAGGUUUCCCUCACGUAAUCUAUGCCCGAUUGUGGCGCUGGCCAGAUCUUCACAAAAAUGAGCUCAAACAUGUGAAAUUCUGCCAGUAUGCAUUUGACCUCAAAUAUGAUAACGUGUGUGUUAACCCGUACCAUUAUGAGAGGGUGGUGUCACCUGGCAUUGUUGGUCUCAGUCUUCAAAACACAGGUCCCUCUGGCAUGCUGAUAAAGGAAGAGUACAACCAUGACUGCAUUCAGAUGGAUGUUCCACCAGGCCUGCCUCCCCAGCAGGACCAUCAGGGGGUGAUGAAGCUCCCUCCACCAGACCACUACGGCCAGCCACUGCCGCCCCUGCAACUGCCUUCAGAAGCCACACGCGCACCCCCACCAGUCACUCUUUACUCCAAUAUGCCAAUAUCCCCCACUGCUUCAGGCUCUAUGAUGCCAAUGCAGGGUGGUCAUGGUGAAGGCCUGCUACAGAUUGCGUCUCCUCAGGGUCAGGUCAUGACCCCUACACCCCCCUCCACCCCUACACAUGUACCCCCACAGACCCCCGUCCCACCCCAGCAUCCACCCAACCAGAAUGGCUACAACAACUCCAAACACUCGCAGAUGCAGAGCUCCUUUCACACAACGUGGACAGGCAGCAGUACUGCCUCCUACACUCCUGUAGGACCUCAGCAGAAUGGCCGUGGCCACCAGCCCCCCCUUCAUCAUCCCCACUUCUGGUCUCAGCAUCACAGUUCAGCAUCUUUCCCCCCUCCGGUCUCCAACCAUCCAGGUCCUGAAUUCUGGUGUUCCAUCUCAUACUUUGAGAUGGAUGUGCAGGUGGGCGAGAUGUUUAAAGUGCUGUCCAGCUGUCCAGUCGUGACGAUCGACGGGUAUGUGGACCCCUCAGGAGGUGACCGGUUCUGUCUGGGUCAGCUUAGUAACGUGCACCGCACAGACGCCAGCGAGCGGGCCAGGUUGCACAUAGGUAAAGGCGUGCAGCUAGAGUGUCGUGGAGAAGGAGACAUCUGGAUGCGCUGCAUGAGCGAUCACGCCGUCUUUGUGCAGAGUUACUACCUGGACAGAGAAGCGGGUCGAGCACCAGGAGACGCUGUGCACAAAAUCUACCCAGGGGCAUACAUUAAGGUGUUUGACCUCAGACAGUGUCACAGGCAGAUGCAGCAGCAGGCGGCCACAGCGCAGGCAGCAGCAGCAGCGCAGGCGGCCGCAGUGGCAGGAAAUAUUCCAGGACCUGGAAGUGUUGGUGGAAUUGCCCCUGCAGUCAGUCUCUCAGCAGCAGCAGGUAUUGGUGUGGAUGACCUCAGGAGGCUGUGUAUUCUGCGUCUGAGCUUUGUAAAGGGCUGGGGACCUGACUACCCUCGCCAGAGUAUCAAACACACGCCCUGCUGGGUGGAGGUCCAUUUGCACCGUGCGCUGCAGUUGCUGGACGAGGUGCUGCACACUAUGCCUCUAGCAGACCCUGGACCUGCUAACUGAACAAUACACACUCACUACACACACACACUGUACUCGCUAAAGUAAGAGUGCAAACCACGUUAUGUGCUAACAUCGCCAUUGUUGGGUUUGCAUUUAUAUCAGUCGUUAGAAUCCCAGUGAAAACACCACAGAAAUACACUACUCUAAAAUGUAUGUUUUUAAAAGAUAUUUCUUCACGUUCUGUUGUUAUUUAGUGAUAUGAUACAUUUGUAGAUUUUAGGUGAAUCUCCAAAAAAAAACAUGUCAGGGUCAUACUUCACCCCUAAAAUCAAAAGAAAUAUAUGUAUUUUGCAUAAAGAAAUUGGAGCCAAUUAAGCACAUUUUCACGCAAAUAUCUCAUUACUGUAAUAAAACUGGAUGUUUGCUCAAUGUUGAUUCUCAUUAGAUUCCAAGUACUUUGAAACAGUAACAACUGUAUUACAAUUAUUUGAUUUAAAUCAACAUAAAUUGAAGGAAGUACAACAAACUUUACCCUUGUGCAUAAGUACAGUGCAAUUUAAAAAAUAUAUGAUUAUUUUUCACAUUACAGUGGGGGUGUGCUUAUUCCCCCCCAUUAUGAAAAAACGCUUCCCCGCCAAACACUUUUUUUCCGGGUUUCCGUGUUUUAGGUGUUAUACGGUAAGGAAGACCCCUGCGCAUGUUUUGAAAGAGUACGCAACUCUUUGAUCAAAGAAACAGACUGCGAUCGUCUCAAACAUGAAGAAAUGGAGUAUUGAGAAGCUCAAAAUAUCAGACAUAAACAUACCUUUUUCUCAGCUUUUUGUCUGAAAUGUUGUUUUUUGACAAAACCGACCUCUGUUCAAGUCGCAAUAAAAAAAGAACAAAUGAAGAUAAAAAGCAGAGGCUCAGAUCUUUAUUGUGAUAUAUAGCAUCUUCAUAUAUUCAUGGAAGAAAUUUUAAAAAGUUUAGCGAAAAUCGUCGAAAACCCUGGCGGUGGCUGGCAACUAUUUUUUAAAAACGCUGGCGGUGUUAUGAAAAUAAUGUCACUUUUUUUUAUGCGUAAUACAAUUUUUCAUUAUUUCUUUUGAUUUAGGGGUGAAAAUGGCCUGGACAUAUUCCUGACAGGUUUCGUGAGAUUGACCCUUUCGAAUUAGAUGUUUAGUACACAUACCUUUGUGCUACAGGUCAACUAAUGAAUGCAAGUUUACACAGGGUUGCAGAUUAAGUUCAGGGAAAUAGCUUUAUUGUCCAUAUGCCUUUUUAGCUUUGCACAUCAUGCAGUUAUACUAAGAAUAUUAGAGCCUAAUAGUUUGCAAUACUGGUAGACAAUGCUUACGAUCUGUCCUGCAAAAAAAUAAUUUAAGGGAUCAGUUUCUGAUCAUAUAAUUGAGCGCAACAAUGACCGUCCAUUUUUAGCCGUCUUGGUUGCGGUAGUAUUUUUCCAAUAAAUUUUUCCAUACGGAUUUCAUAAAAUCCUACAUAAAAUAGUUCUAAGCCAUGAACCAAACCAAUCAGCUUCAAGAUGAAUAACAAUAUUACAAACAUAAAGUAUUUGAAAACAGAUAUUUUAUGAAGCAAUGAACUACAAUCCUAUGAAGCACUGUGAGUGAUACUGUAUAAUUGUAAUAGAAAAGAUAAUAUCAAAUUAUUGACUAAGUCAUUGACUUUAAGUAUAAAGUACCACAUAUUUGCAAAAUAUUUAAACUUCAUGGGAGGGAUUGACCAUUUCUGAGCUCAAUUUCCAUGGGAACAGUGACUUCUCCGAUUGGUGGAUCUCUCUUCAGGUUUAUGGGUAGUGUUGUUCUUCACCAGGUAUUAGCAACUGAACAUGAUUUUAAAAAGUUUACUGACUUGUGGCAGAGUACUUUAGAAUACCUUAUACAGAAUACUAGAGCAGUUAUAUGUUAUUGCAAAGAACAUUUUACUCUAUGGAGAUAAAGAAUGCCAUUCUUUAUGCCAUAAAGAAACCAACUGUUGCACUCUAUUACACUCUGGUAUCACAUAAACAAACACACACACAAACACAACACAGUCAAACACCACUUAUGUUCAGGUGAGGAAGAGACUGUUCAGCCUCCACCAAGUUUUAAACAGAAAUUUGCUCGAAGUCUACGGGUUUAGUAGCACUAAAUGCCUCAGAGGAAACAAAUGUGGCUAUGUUGUCGCUGGUCACUUCAGGAAACAAUUGAAAGGACCAGUUGAUGUUGACAUUCAACGUUAGCAAUGAAAACUUUCAUCUGAUGAACAAAGCUGUACCGGACAUCUCCUUAAGCUAGUCGGACGGAUAAUAAAACAAACUUUCAAGACAAAAUCCUGUUCUCUGUGCUUGUGCUGUGCUCCUCUAAAUGUGGAUCUGAACUCAGCUAUCGUAAAUGCUGCUUACUAUCAAGGCAUCUUAUUAGUUAGACUUGCAAUAGCCUUCCAGCUCCUUUAUUUUCAUACCAAAAAAAAAAAAAAUAAAGCCUGAAUUGUUCAGCUUUUAAAAUGGUGGUAUUAGUAUUUGUGAUGACGCAGUUCGGUGUUUGUAACCAAAUCAUUCGCCAUGUGGUGUAACUUCACCAUAGCCAGAAUACCUCAUGAUAACAAGCAUGAACCCAGUGGAUUUUUCUUUAUGCCAAAAUGUGUCUGGAACGUUCUAUUUUCUGGACCUCAUGUUCACCUCAUACUUUAACCAAAUCAAAAGGGGGCGUGUCUUGAAAAGGAUCGAAUGUAGAUGCACCAACUUCGUUUCGAACUCGAACAAUGGGUUUUUUGCCAACACCAGUUACUCAGCUUUUCUUAUUGUUAUCUUGCCCAGCAACUCAUUUUCUAAUAGUUAUGGCAGUAUUUUCAAACUGUUACAAAUCCGAGUCACAGCCCAAUACUUUUAUAAACUUUUGCAAGCGGGUAGAACAUUUGAACGUUAAACAUUUAAGCAUUGUUUUGCUGUCUUCCCAAGUAAAAAUGUGUACUGUACUGUUAAAGGACAUUAUGCAUUCAUUGAAAGACCCUUGAUAUUACUUUAUUUUAAAUGUACAGCCAAUAAAAAUGCAAAUAUAUAUAAAUCCAAUAGUAAACAUGGAACCUCAUUAUAGUAUGUUAAUGUCAACAUGAAAUCAAAAAGGACCCUAUUUACGUUAUUUUGUCUAUUUUUUCUUAUUGUGUGCAUUCAUCCGUGCAAAUUAGGGCUGCACAAUUCAUCAAAUAAAUAAUCGAGAUUACAAUUACUCCUGCCACAAUUGUCAAUUAUAGCAGUUUAUGUUCGUCUGCUCUUGUUGUGUCGACAUCUUCUUUUAGUUUUCUAUUUAAUGUGUUUUUUGUAGCAGUUGGGCAUUGUUACCAAUCGCAGACAACUCUGUUUCUUGCUUAUGUGUAUAAUUUUGUCAUAAUUUGAUUAUUUUUUUUAUGCUUUAAGAGGACCAAUUAUAAAGAUGACUGUUUAUGCACUGUAUUCAUUUACUGUUUAAAUAUUCAAAACAGCAAUGAAGUAAUUCAGGAACACAGUUUUCAGCUUGCUUUGGAUGUGUAGCUGACAUAAAAGAUAUGUCGUGUAGUUGAUUCACCAAAAAUAAAGUACAACCCUUGUUCGAAAAAGGUUGGGACAAUAUGGAAAAAUGCUUAUAAAAACCAAAAGUAGUGAUUUGUAAAUUAUUCUAUUCACCUUGUGCUAUAUUAAAAGCACUUCAACAACACAUUAUUUAAUGUUUUAGCUUGUGAAUUUAUAUUUUUUAUAUAUACACACAUUUCAAAUCAGAUGAUUUCAACACGCUCCACAAAAGUUGGGACAGUCGAGUGUUUACCACUGUGUAACAUUUGCCAUUUCUACUAAUGACACUUAUUAAGCAUUUGGGAACUGAAGACACAAGUUUAUUAAGUUUAACAAGCAGAAUUGUCCCCCAUUUAUCCAUUAUGCAGGUCUAUGUCAGCUGUGUAAUUGUACGGGGCCUUCAUUGGCGUAAGUAAAAAUGCCAUGGAUAUCAUAAACAUGGGCUCUGGAAUACUUUGGUCAACCUUUUUCAGUCAAACCAUUCGCAUCUGCGUCCACAGAUGCAAGUUAAGGCUUUACUAUGCAAAGGAGAAGCCAUACAUCAACACUGUCCAGAAGCGCCGCUGACUUCUCUGGGCCCGGUCUCAUCUGAGAUGGAAAGCAGAACAGUGAAAUCGUGUUUUGUGGUCCGACAAGUCCACGUUUCAAAUGAUUUUUAUAGAAGAAAGAGCCAUCUUGUUCUCCGGGCCAUAGAGGAAAGGAUCAUCCAAGCUGUUAUCAGUGUCAGGUCCAAAAGCCAGUGUCUGUAUGGGCCAAGGAUGUGUCAGUGCCCAUGGCAUGGGUAACUCACACAUCUGUGUGGCACCAUUAAUUCAGGAAUGUAUUUACACGUUUUGGAGCAACACAUGCUGCCAUUCAGACGCUGUCUAUUCCAGGGACGUCCCUGCAUUUUCUAGCAGGACAACAGCAAACUACAUACUACCGGAUUACAAGUGCAUGGUUGUGUAAACAGAGAGUGCGGGUGUUACAGUAGAUUGGCCUACCUGCAGUCCUAACCUGUCCCAUUUGAGAAUGUGUGGCGCAUUAUGAAGUGCAAAAUACGGCAACGGAGGCCUCUUAAAAUUACACAGCUGAAAACCUGCAUAAUGGAUGAAUGGGUGAAAAUUCUGCUUGCUAAACUUAACAAACUUGUGUAUUCAGUGCCCAAAUGCUAAAAAAGUGUUAUUAGAAUAAAUGGUGGUUACUAUCCCAACUUUUUUGGAGUGUGUUGCAAUCAUCGGAUUUUAAAUGAGUGUGCAUAAAAAAAAAGAAAAUGCAAUUCACAAGGUAAAACUGCACAUUAAAUAAUGUUGAAGUGCUUUCAAUAUAUCACAAGGUGAAGAGAAUUUGCACAUCACUUCUUUUUAUUUUGAUUAGCAUUUUCCAUGUUGUCUCAACAUUUUCAGGAUUGGGGUUGUAUUUGAAUUUAAGUGAUAUUAAUCAAGAUGAAUCAAUUACAAUAUCAAGGGAAAUAAUCGGCAAUUAUGAUUUUUUUUGUUGUUGUCAUAAUCGUGCUGUCCUAAUGCAAAUUACUCCAAAGAAGUAAAAUGUUUAUCUCUGUAAUCUUUCAUUAAAAAAAUAAUCACUUGCUUCGCCUCUCUAAAAACUUAACUUUUAAAAAGUUCCUAAAGUUUCACAUAGGUCGUGUGGACAGGGAAAAUAAUGUCAACAAAAAGAAUAGAUACUUUGGUAUUGUUUUAGGUACUAUAUGCAGUAUUUCUAAAAUCUUGCCAAUAUUAAUUUAAUGGCCGUUAACAUUAGAGUUAUAAUAGUAGUAUAGAAGAAGUGUAAUAGUAGAGUUCUUGAUAAAUUUGUAGUUUUCAUUGGAAUACGUGGAGAUUUGAUAUGGAACGGCCACGUCUCACCGAUAAAUCAAUUUCCCAAUGAAUAAAGUCCUGUCUUACAUUUUUUCCUCUUUGAGAAUCCCAUUCCACCUGGGAAUUUAAUCCCUUUUCUAAAAUAAAAUGGGUUGCGAAUGCCAUUUCAUGUUGACUUUAAUUACACAUCCUGACUAAUUUCAGUGUUGACAAGUAUGAGCUGUGAUCAUUCACAAAUUUAGAGGGUUGAAUGAUGUUCUGCAUUUCCAGUAUUGUUGACACAGUAAUAAUCUUUGUGCCUUUCUCUUUGUGCUCAUUUGUUCAUAGAUGAAUAUCUUAAUUACUCAAAAAAAGGCCUUCUCAAUAAUGUUCUCAUUUUGACUAUAAUCAUCAAGGUUUCACUACAGUUGUAACCAAUGCAGCAUGUCAGAGGUUUUAGUCCUCUUCAGUCAUAGAGUAUUUUCUGGAUUCGUUUUGACUCUAUAUGACCGUUUGUAAACUGGGCGAUUCAGAGGAUGCAAACUUCUGCAGGGUAGUUCACGUUUGCUCAGGUCAUGUUAACGUUUUUGAGCCCUUAGGUUAAUUUAUUAUAAGGCGUAAUGCCUUGUUUUCUGUGUUGAACAUUAAAAAGACUUUGAAUUUCAAUGUCGGUUAUACUCAUUGUUUUGAUGAGUGUCUUUGUGCUGCAUUUCAUUGGAUAUGUGAUACAUACAGUCGACAACCUGCAAUUUAAACACAAAUAUUACAAUGUAUGGCUGUAUUUUGAGCACAGAUUGCAAAGACACUUUGCAAUGUAGGCUUAACUUCAAUCUGUGUGGAGUAUCUGUAAACCAGUAUACUUUUUUGAGGUAAUUUUGGGUGAAAACAAAUGGCCCAGCUCUUGUGUGACACGUCUAAUACACAACUUGGUGUUGUAAUAACAUGUAUAUGUAAUAAAAGCUGGAAACAUUUAUUAUAAGAUAGUCAUUGACUGGUAUCUCAAUGUCAUUAACAACUUCAGUGCAGCUUGCUUAGAAUUACAGGUUUGAUUCUAAACAUUGUAUUGGUUUAAACCAUUUGCCAGUGAUAUAACAUGAUUCUCAGUCAAUGUAAAGUUUAUUUUGCCUUAAAUGCUGAAGAGCCCAAAUAUAAUUGUGACAGGUACAUUUACUAUUAUCAUUGUAAAGUACUUUCACUUUACUUACCUCUCAACCGACUCUGUUCUGUUCUGUUCUGCACUGUAAUUCAGUUUUUCUUUCACUGUAAAUUCACUUUUUGUUUUACACAUACAUAUAUGGCCUACCCCCUUGCAACACUGUAACUUAACUUGUGUGUUUUCACUGAUGGAUAUACUGUAUUGUGUAAGACUACAAUGAAAGCCAACAUGUAUGUCAGUAACAUGACAAUCACCCAACUAGAAGUCAAAUCAACAGCAUUCCAUAUUUUAAACCUAUUUCUUACAAGUAUUUAUCAGUAUGUUAUCCAGUGUGACUAUAUUUGAAUUUACUAUUUUAUUGAUAUUGUCAUUUCAAUUCUUGUUGUUAUAAUUAUUCUAUUGUUAAAGGACAUUCUGCUCCUGUAUGUUGACUGUACACCAAAGUAAAAAAGUCAU